ACGAUGUCGUUAGAAGAAACAUUUCAUCCGAGUAAAGUUAGUGAAAGCACAGAGAGUAGCUCGAGUAGUACUACACCCCUGAAGCCACACACUGGUGGUGAUGUUCGAUGGGAUGCGAUUAAUUCUGCUACUGGUAGAGGUGGACCUCCUCUUAAUCUAAGCAAUUUUCGGUUAUUGAAACGUCUUGGAUAUGGGGAUAUUGGAAGUGUGUACCUUGUGGAACUCAGGGGAACAAAUGCCUUCUUUGCAAUGAAAGUGAUGGAUAAAGGAUCUCUUGCAAGUCGAAAUAAAUUACUCAGAGCACAAACAGAACGCGAGAUUCUUAGUCUACUUGACCACCCAUUCUUGCCAACCUUAUAUUCUCAUUUCGAGACUGACAAGUUCUAUUGCUUAGUCAUGGAGUUCUGCAGUGGAGGCAACCUCCAUACGCUCCGUCAAAAACAGCCCAAUAAGCAUUUCACUGAGGAGGCGUCUAGAUUUUACGCAUCAGAGGUGUUGUUGGCACUUGAGUAUCUGCAUAUGCUAGGAAUUGUUUACAGGGAUCUUAAGCCAGAAAAUGUACUAGUGAGAGAUGAGGGUCAUAUAAUGCUGUCUGAUUUCGACUUAUCUCUCCGUUGUUCUGUCAAUCCAACGCUUGUUAAGUCUUCAUCUGUACAUGGAGGAGGAGGAAAUCCUAGCAGUGGAUCCGGCAUUUUAGACAAUGACAAUGCAGUCCAAGGUUGUAUUCAGCCCUCGACUUUUUUCCCUCGUAACAUUCUCCCUACCAAAAAGAAUCGCAAGUCUAAAUCAGAUUUCGGGCUUUUUGUGGGAGGAUCACUCCCUGAGCUUAUGGCAGAGCCGACUAAUGUGCGCUCCAUGUCCUUUGUUGGCACUCAUGAAUACUUAGCCCCUGAGAUAAUUCGCGGAGAGGGACAUGGUAGUGCAGUUGAUUGGUGGACUUUUGGCAUAUUCUUGUAUGAACUUCUGCAUGGGACAACACCUUUUAAAGGUGCUGGAAAUCGCGCCACGCUCUUCAAUGUUGUAGGACAGCCUUUGAGAUUCCCAGAAACUCCGCAAGUAAGUGCUAUUGCACGUGAUCUUAUACGAGGCCUCCUCGUGAAGGAACCACACAAGAGAAUUGCAUAUAAGAGAGGUGCUACUGAGAUAAAACAGCACCCCUUCUUCGAGGGCGUUAAUUGGGCUUUGGUGAGAAGUGCUGUUCCCCCCUCUAUACCUGAACCUGUCGACUUUGCUCAGUACGCUAGUAAAGAAGCAUCAGCUCCUUGUUCAGAUAAGAAGAUGCCAGAUACUGAAAGUCAUGAUAAAAGCAAAAACACUUCAAAUGAUUCUUCGUAUAUCGACUUUGAGUACUUCUAGGAGCGGAUUUAAGUUAGUACAAAACUUUGAAGUAUAAAUCGAAUGGCUUCUAACCAACUUUGUAUCAUCUUGAAGUAUGUUCAUGCAGUGUGUUUAUUGUGUAGAACUGCAUAACAGUGUAACUUCCAAGUGCUCCUAGAAGAAAGCAACUUGAAGCACUUUCGG